AUGGCCUCCAGAAAGAGUCUCUCUGGAGAAACUGAUGCAAAGACAAAGGAAUGUCAAAGUGAAUCUCCUAAACUCUGCUGUCAGUCAAUGGAUAACCCUUUAAACAUCAGCUCAGGAAACACUUCUGCUCAUGUGAGUCUGAUUCAAAGUGGAUCUACCAAACCCCGCACUGUAUCCCUGAAUCAGUCAAUGAUUGAACCAUAUGGCUUCAGUUCAGGAGACUCUUCUGCUGAUGUGAGAACACUGCAGGUCCUAAGGAACAGGAUCCAUACAGACCUCACUAACACAUUACAGACCAUAUCCACAGAAAAGGAAGAUUUUCAUAUAAUUAAUGAUGGAAAAUCAAAUCAAAGAAACAUAAUACCACUACAUGAGGGCUAUACGGAGCUGUACAUCACAGUGGGAGGGAGUGGAGAGAUCAAUAAUCAACAUGAGGUGAAACAGAUUGAGACAACAUCAUGGACACCAGUGACACAUGAAACACCAAUCAAAUGUAAUGACAUCUUUAAAGCCUCACCUGGACAAGACAAACCCAUCAGAACUGUACUGACUAAAGGAGUUGCUGGAAUUGGAAAAACAUUCUCAGUGCAAAAGUUCAUUCUGGAUUGGGCAGAAGGAAAAGCAAAUCAGGAUGUUCACAUCAUAUUUCCACUUCCUUUCAGAGAGCUCAAUUUAAUGAAGGAAAAUAAUAUGAGUCUGAUGAAACUUCUUCAGUAUUUUUUUAUAGAUACAAAUGAACUGAGAACAACAGACUUUAAUGAGCUCAAAGUCCUGUUCAUAUUUGAUGGACUGGAUGAGUGUCGACUUCCUCUAGAUUUCCAGAACAAUGAUAUUUUGUGUGAUGUGACAGAAUCAGCCUCAGUAGAUGUUCUGCUGACCAAUCUCAUCUAUGGGAAUCUGCUUCCUUCUGCUCUCCUCUGGAUCACCUCUCGACCAGCAGCAGCCAAUCAGAUCCCUUCUGAGUGUAUUGACCAGGUCACAGAGGUACGAGGGUUCAGUGACCUUCAGAAGGAUGAGUAUUUCAGCAAGAAAAUAAAUGACCAGAGGCUAGCCAAUAGAAUCAUCACACACAUCAAAUCAUCAAGGAGCCUCCACAUCAUGUGUCACAUCCCAGUGUUCUGUUGGAUCUCAGCCACUGUUCUAGAAAGGAUGUUGAGUGAAGCAGAGAGCACAGAGAUCCCCAAGACUCUUACUCAAAUGUUCACACACUUCCUGAUCUACCAAACCAAACUGAAGUCCCAGAAGUAUGAUGGAAAAUAUAAAGUAGAUCUUCAGCAGGCCAAGAGGAGCAUCUUCUCACUGGGAAAACUAGCUUUUGAACAGCUGGAAAAGGGGAACUUGAUCUUUUAUGAGGAGGAUCUGAAACAGUUUGGCAUUGAUGUCAGAGAAGCAUCAGUGUAUUCAGGAGUUUGUACCCAGAUCCUCAGAGAGGAAUUUGGACUGUACUUGAGGAAGGUGUACAGCUUUGUUCAUCUGAGCGUUCAGGAGUUUCUUGCUGCUUUAUUCAAGUUUCUUUUGUUUCUUUCAGAUAAAGAAACAAAAAGUAGCAUGACAGAUUUUCUGAAGAGUGAAGUAGACAAGGCUUUACAGAGUGAAAAUGGACACUGGGACCUUUACCUCCGCUUCCUUCUGGGUCUCUCACUGGAGUCCAAUCAGACACACUUACAAGGCAUCCUGACACAGACAGGAAGCAAUUCUGACAGCAAACAGGGAAUAGUAGAGUACAUUAAGUUGAAGAUCAAGGAUAGUCCCUCUACAGAGAAAUCCAUCAAUCUGUUCCAUUGUUUGAACGAACUGAAUGAUCAUUCUCUAGUGCAGGAAAUUAAAAAAUUCCUGAAUAGAACAGACUUUAAUUUCUCUAGAAUCAUUCUUUCUCCUGCUCAGUGGUCGGCUCUAGUGUUUUUGUUGCUGAACUCAGAAGAGAAGCUGGAUGAGUUUCAGCUGAGGAAAUAUAAACCAUCUGAAGAAGGUCUUCUGAAGCUGCUGCCAGUCAUCAAAGUUUCUAGAAAAUCUGAGUGA